AUGACAGCGCUGUCAAUACCAACGACAGAAGAGCAGGUGUUGCAGGCAGCCGAGUUGUCAUUGCUGCCAAAUUUCCUUCAGCAGUCGGGCGUGAACGUACCCCUGCCUCAGAAUAUCAAUUUAUCAGCGGAAAUGCAAGGCAGUGAUACCGAUACAACAAUAGCGCCACAGGCAAACGCCACUGCUGCACCACAGGUAAACACCACCGUCACGCCACAGGUAAAUGCCACUGUCACGCCACAAGCAAAUGUCACUAUCACGUCACAGGCAAACGCCACUGUCACGCCACAAGCAAAUGCCACUGUCACGCCACAAGCAAAUGCCACUGUCACGCCACAAGCAAAUGCCACUGUCACGCCACAAGCAAAUGCCACUGUCACGCCACAGGCAAAUGCCACUGUCACGCCACAAGCAAAUGCCACUGUCACGCCACAAGCAAAUACCACAGUCGCGCCGCAGACAAACGCCACUGUCACGCCACAGGCAAAUGCCACUGUCACGCCACAGGCAAAUGCCACUGUCACGCCACAGGCAAAUGCCACUGUCACGCCACAGGCAAAUGCCACUGUCACGCCACAGGCAAAUGCCACUGUCACGCCACAGGCAAAUGCCACUGUCACGCCACAGGCAAAUGCCACUGUCACGCCACAAGCAAAUGCCACUGUCACGCCACAAGCAAAUGCCACUGUCACGCCACAAGCAAAUGCCACUGUCACGCCACAAGCAAAUGCCACUGUCACGCCUCAAGCAAAUGCCACUGUCACGCCACAAGCAAAUACCACAGUCGCGCCACAGGCAAACGCCACUGUCACACCACAAGCAAAUGCCACUGUCACGCCACAGGCAAACACCACUGUCACGCCACAGGCAAACACCACUGUCACGCCACAAACAAGCACCACUGUCACGCCGCAGGCGAACACUACUGUCACGCCACAAACAAGCACCACUGUCACGCCACAGGCAAAUGCCACUGUCACGCCGCAGGCAAACACCACUGUCACGCCACAGGCGAACACCACUGUCACACCACAGGCAAACACCACUGUCACGCCACAGGCCCCAUCACCAACUAAGGUCACCGUUGCUGCGUUAGGUUCUUUGAUGGACUUGAUUUCGUCUUCGUCUUCGUCUUCGUCUUCGUCAGGGUCGUCUACGCCUUUCACACAGGGAGAAAGACCUAGUUAUAUUUUGGGCGGAGGCAACUGA